AUGGGGUACUGUACCCCAAAAAUGGGUACGGAUGGCAGCCCUGCUACGAAACUAAAAAAUCUUUUAAAUAAAGCUAAACCUUCUAUUCAAUACGAAGUGCGCAAGAAAAAACCUCAAUCAACAAGCGAAUUUCUUAAGUUUGCGAAAGAAGCUGAAGAACUUAUAGCUUUUUCUUAUUCAUCAGCUCUAUCAUCACAAAAUCGGUCGACUCCUGGUACCACCUUUUCACAACAAUUUCAACCACGUAAUUCAGCCCCUACGCAUGCUACUAGUAAUCGUCCUAGCCCUCUUAUGGCAAACUCCAAUACUAACAAUAUCAUGCCUCCUCGGCAACCUACUGUUAAUGCUAUUGAUCUCCCUCAGUCAGCUAACCACGUUGAUCUUCUAUCACAUGAACUCUCAUCCAUUCUCCGUAGUCGUUGUAAUCAACUUGGACAUGAGGCUUCGGUCUGUUCAAGUUUCUAG